AUGGCUGCUGUUCAGACUGAGGUUUCCCUGUCCUCACAACCCUGGCAGAGGCCCCUGUACAUCUACGGGGGGUUGGCAUGCAACUCACUGAUGGCUGACUUCUGGUCCGACAGAACUCCUCUCCAUGAAGCCGCCUACCAAGGCAGACUGCUACACCUGAGAAGCCUCAUCGCUCAGGGCUUCCAUGUAGACACACUCUCCAUGGACAGAGUCUCCCCUCUCCAUGAAGCUUGCCUCGGUGGACAUUAUGCUUGUGCUAAGUUCUUGGUGGAAACCGGUGCAAAUGUAGAGGCAGUAUCAACAGAUGGCGCCACACCUCUCUUCAACUCUUGCAGCAGCGGGAGUGCUGCUUGCGUGAGGCUCUUGUUGCAGCACAGUGCCUCCGUAUACACCCCCUACCAGCUGGCAUCACCCAUCCAUGAGGCUGCUAAGAAAGGUCACAGAGAGUGUCUGGAGCUGCUGCUGUCGUAUGGCGCUCAUAUUGACGUGGAGCUGCCAGUGGUGGGGACGCCGCUAUACUCUGCCUGCAUGGCCGGGUCUGCAGCCUGUGUCAGGGUGCUGCUACACUCAGGAGCAGAUGUUCAGAUGGGGUGUGGGCAGGACAGUCCUUUACAUGCUGCGAUUCGAGGUGGAGAAGCAGAAGUUGUGGAUCUUCUACUGGACUUUGGGGCCGAUGGGUGUCGUCGGAACGCAGAGGGAAAGACCCCUCUGCAUUUGUCAUCGCCCAACAGCGCAGUGAGAGUUGCACUGCAGAACAAAGGUCUCUGCUCUCUUUCUCAGCUCUGUCGGUUCUGUAUACGUCGAAGUCUGGGGAGGAGUCGUCUUCACAGAGCCUCGGGCCUCUUUCUCCCACACAGCAUCAAGGACUUCCUCCUCUACCAAUGAGGCGUCUCUGCCCUGCCACCGUGGCUCUUUGUUUGCUGCAUCGA